ACACACAAUCACACACCCCUCCCUCCAUCCAUUGAAAUGGCUUCGUCUAAACAAACUCAGGACACCAUUCCAGAGUGUCUCAAGCACUCCCAUAACCGGGUGUUUGAGAACAAUCGCGCCUGGGUAGCUGCCAAGAAGCAAGAGGACCCCUCCUUUUUCGAGAAACUGAAUGCCGGCCAAAGUCCCGAAUAUUUGUACAUCGGAUGCAGCGACAGUCGGGUGCCCGCCAAUGAGAUCAUGGGCCUGGAGGCAGGCGAGGUCUUCGUUCACCGCAACAUCGCCAACCUGGUCCCCAACACCGACCUCAACGUCAUGUCCGUCAUCAACUACGCCGUGCGUCACCUGAAGGUCAAGCACAUCGUUGUCUGCGGCCACUACCAGUGCGGUGGGGUUCAGGCCGCCCUCACCUCCUCUGACCUGGGGCUGCUGAACCCCUGGUUGCGCAACAUCAGGGACGUGUAUCGCUUGCAUGAGCGGGAGCUGGAUGCAAUCAAGGAUACAACGGCCCGGUACAAGCGUCUGAUCGAGCUGAACGUGGUCGAGUCGUGCCGGAACAUCAUCAAGACUGCCGCCGUGCAGCAGAGCUUCCACGAGAACAAGUUCCCCAUUGUGCACGGGUGGAUCUUUGACAUGGAGACUGGGCUGCUUCGGGAUUUGGAAAUUGAUUUUGAGGACACAUUGCGUGAUAUUAAGAAGAUUUACAAUCUGGCUCCGGUUUAAGGGUGGUCAUGUGCUAAUACACCACGGGGAUAUACAAAUUCAAUCCACGUAUAGAUGGUUUCAGCCUCCAUAUCUUUCAUCUGUACAUGGCAUAGAACAAUACACGGUUAAUUGCCACUCAUAGCUUUUUGACCACG